GGAAUUCUGGCGUCCCCCCUCCACCCCCAAGCCUGUCAUGGAGUCUCAACUGAAGCAGGCCAAGAAGUGCCUGCCGAUGUACUCCCCCCCUGUGCCGCCCAUCGGCCUGGAGAAGCUCAUGGAAGGCGGGACUGGGGCAGGUGGGACUGGUGGGUUUGCUGGGUUUGGUUCGGGAGGUGGGUGGGGGUUGGGUGCAGGCUGGUGGGGUGCGGUGGAGAGAGCUGGGGGGGAGAGGAAGGAGGGGACGGGAGAGGCGGGGUGGCUGUCGUUUGAAGGGUUGGUGGAUGUGGCACGGGGGAUGAUGUGGGGGGGAGGAGGGGAUGGAGGUGGGGAGGGGGCGAAGGAGGAAAAAGAAAAUAUUUUGGGUACAGCUUUAGGGAAAAGUAUGGGGGAUCAGGAUGAAGAGGGAGAGGCAGUGGAAGGAGAAGAGGAGGGAUUGGCUGCAGGAGAGGAAGGGAAAUGUUUUGAGAAAGGUGGUGAGGAGGGAGAUAGUGGGGGAAUUGCAGGAGAGGGAGGAGCGAAGGGAGGCGGGUGA